AUGGCCUUCUCCGACGAGUGGCCCCAGUUCCGGAAGGACAUCACCUACAGCAACGAGUCCAACCUCAACACCCUCCAGACCUGCAUCCCGCGCCCGACCUCGUCCAACGACCGCAGCCGGAUAUGGAUUGUCUACGUGCACGGUGGCGCCUGGUUCGACCCGGAACAGACCGCUUCGACGUUCGAUAAGGCCCAGGAACAGCUCUUGAACUCUCCCAUUGCCGACCGCGUGGCCGGCUUUGCCUCAAUAAACUACCGUCUUUCGCCUGCACCUACACAUCCGACCAAUCCUUCCAACCCGGCUGACCCGGCCCGUAACGCGAGGCACCCUGAUCAUAUCAAUGAUGUGCUGGCGGCCAUUCUGCACCUGCAGGAGACAUAUCGCUUCGAGGAUCGCUACAUCUUAGUCGGUCACUCUGCUGGGGCGUUUCUCGCCCUCCAGGUCGCCAUGAAAAGGUAUUGGGGCUCGCAAUACGAAUCGACCUACGCGCUGGAGCUCAAUGUUGUGCCGCCUGUGGCGAUACUUGGCAUCGAGGGCUUGUACGACCUGCCUGCACUAGUCAAAUACCACGACAAGCUCUCACAGCACAUGUACCACAACUUCGUUGAGAGUGCUUUCGGCCCGAACGAGGCCGAUUGGGGGGCUGCCAGUCCAACUCAAUCAAACUUGGAGGAGACUUGGGAGAAUGGACAGCUAGCUGUCAUCGCUCAUUCACACAGCGACGAGCUUGUGGAAUGGGAGCAGCCAGAGUCGAUGAUCAAGUCACUCACAAGUCAAGGGUUCAAAGACUCUGGCUCAAGAAGAGCAAAACUCAUAGAGCUCCAAGGCAAGCACGACCAAGUCUGGAGCGAAGGUCGCGAAGUUGCGAGAGCCAUUGAGUGGACGAUCAAGGAGUUUUACAGUCUGCAUUGA